AUGGCUUUGUUAAUGGCGAUGAGGAGAGCUAGCUUUUCAUCAAUCCUCUUCACCAAACUCAUCAACCGUUCGGCCAUGGUUGCCCCAACACUAUCCAUUCGUUCCUUCAAUUCUAGUGUUCAUAUCAUCGACUCCAACGACGAAAACGGCACCAUCAAUGCCCAUGGCGGAUCUUUCACCCGCUCUUAUGAAUUUCCCAUUCAACAUGGUGUUUGUGAUCAGUACACGGACAAUCCGUUUCAAAUUUCCGGCCCACAAGGUGCGUACGAAGCGAAGAAAGUUGAAGAUGGCUUCUUUGUGAGAAUGGAGAUGCCUGGAAUUGAUAAGCAAGACGUGAGGCUUUGGGUGGAGUAUGGGAAUGUGUAUAUAAAAGGAGAGGGGAAGAAGGAAUCGAAUCACGAGGACAGUGGGAGGACUUACAGUGGAAGCGUAGAGCUAUCUUCGAGUUCGUUUCAGCCGGAGAAGAUCAUGGCAGAAAUGAAGAACGGUGUUCUGAGGAUGGUGAUUCCGAAGAGGAAGAAGUAUGAGGAGAUGAGUGGUGUGGUUGAGGUGAAGAUCAAGUGA